UCUGUCUCUCUAAACUCUGAUCUUACUCAGAUACAUAAUGAGACCAUAGCUUGGACAUUUGAAUCGGAAAAGGCUAAUAUAGCUAAAAUCAGAGGAAAGAAACAAAACUUCUCCACGUUCGAUAAUGUUCUUGAUGGGAGAUUCAGAGACAGACUGAAGCUGGAUCAUCAGACUGGAUCUCUGACCAUCAUGAACACCAGAACCACAGACUCUGGACUUUAUAAACUACAGAUACUCACAGCUAAUCUGUACACGAAAAUGUUCAAUGUUACGGUCUAUGCUCGUCUGCCAGUUCCUGUCAUCAACAGAGACUGCUCUUCAUCAUCAUCAUCAUCUUGUUCGUUGUUGUGUUCGGUGGUGAACGUGGGUCAUGUGACUCUCUCCUGGUACAAAGGAAACAGUUUAUUGUCCAGCAUCAGUGUGUCUGAUCUCAGCAUCAGUCUCUCUCUACCUCUGGAGGUGGAACAUCAGGAUAAAAACACCUACAGCUGUGUGAUCAACAACCCCAUCAGAAACCAGACCACACAUCUGAACAUCAGUCAACUCUGUCACACGUGUUCAGGAUCUCUGGUAGCAGUGAUCUCUGUUGUCGUUAGAGCUCUGUUGAUUGUCGCUGCAGUCGGGAUCUUCUGCUUCUUCAAGAAAUGUAGAAAAACGGACAAAAAGGCAAGUAUUUCCUACUCCUUUAAACAAGUAUAA